GUUCUUUUUUGUUUUGCCUUUUUCAAGUGCGGACCGGCUCGCGGAGAACGCACUCAUCCUCGGAGUCCGUCAGACAGCCGUGCGUAAAGACACUCUCGCUCCAAAUCGGUUUUACGCACCGGAGCGAAAGAGAAUCAGUCACCAGUUUUUCAGAGCAGUUAUCUCAGUUGAAAGAUCGAACUCAUCUUGGCAAGGUGAAGUCCAUUUAGAGACGUUUUCCCUCUCGCAAGAAAGCAGAAGCAACUUCUCCGUUUCACGCGUAAUUUGGCACCAAACAGUUUUUCGUAUGAAUCUCCUUGACCCUUACCUGAAGAUGACGGAGGAACAAGACAAGUGUCUCUCCGACGCCCCGAGCCCGAGCAUGUCCGAGGACUCCGCGGGCUCUCCGUGUCCGUCCGGCUCGGGCUCCGACACCGAGAAUACCCGGCCGUCGGAGAAUGGGCUGCUCGGUGUGGAAGGAGAGUUCAAGAAGGAGGACGACGAUAAGUUCCCCGCUUGCAUCCGCGAGGCGGUGUCCCAGGUGCUUAAGGGCUACGACUGGACUCUCGUGCCCAUGCCAGUGCGCGUUAACGGAUCUUCUAAGAACAAGCCUCACGUGAAGAGACCGAUGAAUGCCUUCAUGGUGUGGGCUCAGGCUGCGCGGAGGAAGCUGGCGGAUCAGUACCCUCACCUGCACAACGCGGAGCUCAGCAAAACUCUGGGGAAACUCUGGAGACUUCUCAACGAAGGGGAGAAGCGACCGUUUGUGGAGGAGGCCGAGCGGCUCCGGGUGCAGCACAAGAAGGAUCACCCCGACUACAAAUACCAGCCCCGGCGGAGGAAGUCCGUAAAGAACGGACAGAGCGAGUCGGAGGACGGCACCGAGCAGACGCACAUUUCCCCCACUGCCAUCUUCAAAGCUCUCCAGCAGGCGGACUCCCCGGCCUCCAGCAUGGGAGAGGUGCACUCACCGAGUGAGCACUCAGGCUCCCAGGGGCCCCCUACUCCUCCCACCACCCCAAAGACUGAUGUCAGCUCAGGCAAGAUGGACCUGAAGCGUGAAGGUGGUCUCCGCUCUCAGCUCAACAUCGACUUCCGCGACGUGGACAUCGGUGAGCUGAGCAGCGACGUCAUCUCCCACAUCGAGACCUUUGAUGUCAACGAAUUCGACCAGUACCUCCCGCCCAACGGGCACCCCGGCUCCGGCUCCGGCAACGCCGCGCCGGUCACCUACGCCGGCAGCUACAGCAUCAGCAGUGGCGGCGGCGCGCCGGUGAGCCCGCAGGCGGGAGCCGCUGCGGCCUGGCUGGCGAAAAGCCAAAACCAGCAGGGACAGCAGCAGCACACUCUGACCCCUCUGGGGAGUGGAGGCUCAGAGGCGGCUCAGGCGCAGCACAGGACCCAGAUCAAGACGGAGCAGCUGAGCCCGAGCCACUACACCGAGCAGCAGGGCUCCCCGCAGCACGUCGCCUACAACAGCCCCUUCAACCUGCAGCACUACAGCCCCCCCUCCUCCUCCUACCCAGCCACCAUCUCCAGGGCGCAGCAGUACGACUACUCCGACCACCAGGGGGGCGGCGCCGCCGCAUCCUCCUACUACAGCCACGCGGGGGCGGGGCAGGGCUCGGGGCUGUACUCGACUAUCUGCUACAUGAGCAGCCCCACCAGCCAGAGGCCCAUGUACACGCCCAUAACCGACAACACGGGGGUGCCCUCCAUCCCUCAGAGCAGCCCGCAGCACUGGGAGCAGGCCCCUGUCUACACCCAGCUCACCAGACCCUGAGAGGCAACACACACACACACACACACACAAACACACACACACACACACACACACACACACACACACACACACACACAGAGACGCUGACAGACAUGUACAGCCAAGCAGAUCUGACAUACAGAACACUUUACUGCAGGGAGAGCUCCUCCUCCUGAUCUGCUCCCUGAAUCAGACACUUGAAUAAAGAAGAGGAAGAAGAGGAGAGCUGGACUUGUGAUUGGCUCACAUCGUGCCUUGCUAUUAUAUCUUGAUAGAAACUUUAUAUAUAAAUAUAUAUAUAUAUAUUUUUAGAGAGAUGGAGAGACUUAGGAAAAUCCUCUGUGAGGACUUAUUGAUUGUUGAUAUUUCAGUAGGUACUGUGUAUGUUUCUCUUUGGUUUUAUUUCUUCACACGCUGGCAGUUUGUAACCCAUGAAGGGGGGGGGGGGGGGUCUGGGUAAUUAUUUCUACCUGUAGAUAUAAAACAAAACAACAAAGCUUUAUAUUUCACACAGUUUAGCAGCUAACCCACUCAUGGUAGCGCCGAUUUUGGUUUUCUGUUCGAUUUCCAUGUUUUGCUUCUCUUCGCUCUCUCUCUUCUGUGCCGUUCAGCAAGUAAGUUUAUAAGCUGUUAUGCUGUCGAUUUGUUUUCCCACCUUACGCGUCGUGAUCAUCGAGAGGGGAAAAAGAAAAGAAGCUAUGAGGCAAUACAGAGGAAGAGAGAGGCUCUGCUUUCACAACGCUGUCUUGACGGGGGAGACUGCAGCCCUGUCCACCAUCCGUGCCUUGGAUUUUUACACUCAAACUGUUUUUGUAUGCUCGUGUUUGUGUGUGUGUGCACAACGGCCACAGCUGAGAUUACACUUACCGUCCAACAGUGUGUGUUUGACAGCUACAGGAAGUCACCGUUGACCCCCACCCCCCUGCAGUCUCCCACCACACUGGUGUCCAAAACACUCCCUUCACCCUCAAACCCAGUUUGAAACUUUAUUUAUUUAUUCGCUUUAAUUUUAUUUUAAAGUAAUUAUUUUGCAUACUAUUCUUAUAACUAAUGAAUUGUCCUCUUUGUAAAUGUAGACGGCAUAUAAUUUCCCCCUUUUUUUAAAUUUCCACCCAGGAGGUACUUACACAAAAAUGGUACACGCUGUAAUCGUCUUUUUUUUGUUUAUUUAUGUUAUCUAAAUGUCUAUUUUAAGUAUGUAUUUGCCUUUUUUCCUGAGGGUCGGGGGGGGAUUAUCUAACAAUUUGUGUACGGAUUAUUUGUUAUUUGUGAAUUUCCUUUGAGUUGGACUUUAACUAUACGGCUGAAAGAACUAGAAAAAUGUUAUCUCACUUCCAAGGUUUUUACACUUUUUCUUUUUCUUUUGUUUGUGCGAUCACCAGAGGGGCCGUCUGCUCUAAGCUCCAUUUCCUUUUCUCUCAAUAACAAAGAACUGACGUUCACAAUACUCUUUAUUUUUUUGUUCCUUCCUCUGUGAUCUUGCCAUGUAUUUGUACUGUCUUUUAAAGAAUCUUUUGUAUAUGUAUUUGCAAUAAAAAAAAGAAAAAUAAAACAAA